AGGCUCCGGGGUGUCCGGGGGGCGCGGCGGGGCCGGGCCAUGCCAUGAACGGCUAUGCUGGCUGCGAGGCGCCCGGCACAGACAGCCUUGCGUCGGGCCUCGGGGUGCUGGUGCGCCUCCCCUUCGAGCUGAGCGCCUGCCUCGCGGCAGAGCUGCUCGCCCUGCUGACUCUGAAGGUGGACUCUGGCGUUGAGCCCCUGAGGCCACCGAGGACAUCGCCAGCCAACCUGCAGGAUGAAGAUCAUCCGCUGGGGACGCUGUACAUGUCGUGCCAGCCGUUCCUGCCCGUUUUCCAGCGGUCGAUCUGCGAGGGGAUCCGCUCCUGCCGCGACGGGCUUUGGGACUCUUAUGAGUCUCAGGCCAAGGAUGGCGUGCGGAUUCACCGGCUGGUGUCGGAGACGAACUGGCACAAGGUGGUCAAGGAGCUUGCGCGGUGGCUGUACGAGCUGCUGCAGCUGCUGACGAGGGAGCGCAUCCGGUGGUUCCUGACGCAGAUCGUUUACAUUGCCUGGGGCAUCGUGGC